AUGGGCGAGCAAAGCAGGGAUAGUGAAGCCGAAGAAGCGGCGGUCUCUUUCCAUCCGUUCGUUCGUACUUCAGUCGAAUACGAUGCGAACGCGCGUCUUCAAAUGGCCGACGAAAUUGCCUCUUCUAGGUAUUUUCCGGUCUCAAAGUCAGUGCAUGUGUGAUUAGUUUCAGAAGAUUGAACAUUUCAUCAGCCCUCAAGGAGAUCAUCACCAAUCCCGAAGUUUUCUUCCAUCAGUGCCAACAGUCAGCAAAGGUUCGCUGUUUUCCUCGUUCUAAAUUUAAUUCGUCUCCGUUCAGAUGGCCGAAGACGCCCACCAAAGGCGUCACAUGUCUUACAACACAAAGCGCGAGGCUUAUAUUGAGCAGAAACGGGCCGAGGGAAUGCCACUCCCCUCUAAAAUACCAAUGGUUGGAAAGAGUCCUGAUCUUAUUUUGAAGUUCACUUUGUUUUUCCAGAUCGAGAUUAACCCAACUAGAGUAACCCUGAGUCUUGAGUUUGAGUCCCAGUACUAUACACUAAUGACGAAGUGAGCGGUCUUAUUGAUAAUGAACGAGAUCAUGCUUCUGAUUUCAGCGACUACGGGAACCAUGAGAAUGUCGCCUCGAUCAUGAGCCAAACUAACACCCUCAUUCAACUUCCCGACUCUUCCGAGAACACUUUUCCGGACCCGUUCGUCCAGCAGGUCACUCUCACUGGGCUCUACAACGACGUCGACAGAGCGCGAAAGUUGAUGAGGGUACGGGCGCGAAACUAACUGAUCAAAAUAAACGUUUUCAUUUAGGAGAACAGUCACGUCUCCGUGACAUUGUCACUUUCGGAAAUGACAAUUCCCAUAUCUGAUCUCAAGAUGUUUGUUGGACACAAUCUCAUUCCAAAUGUAGAACUGACUUUCAUGGACGCAUCAUUAGAAAAGGUCAGGUGGAGAGUUGAGACGGAAGGGGACAACGAUUUUCAGACUGGAUCAUCCGUUUAUCAUCUCCGAUUCACUAGCAGAGCUAAAAACGAGAAAGACCUUAUUAAGGUUGCAACAGAGGUCUCAGAGAAGGUGUUUGAAGGCGGAGAGCUUCUGCAGAAUGUGAGAAGGACGAUGAAUCCCUCAGACAACUCUGUUUUCAGCAAUUCUCUCUUCACUUUACAUUAUCCACAUUUCACGUUGAGCACGUAGUUGGAUUGUCGUCAACGACACUUUUAAUGGUUUACAUUACUUGUCUCCUCGAUAAUUACACUUUUUCAGCCCGAAAUUGAGAAGCACACAAAGACGACCAUCACUUAUCCCAAGUUCAACACCCGAGAUGAUAUCAACGAUAAUAUUUUCGUGAUCAGAAUAGAGGGAAGUGUGAAGAACGUGCUCAAGGCUAGAAGGUGUAUCAUGGUGCGAACGUGUUUUCAGUAUCUCUCUGACCUACGAGUUUCCAGGAUCUGCUCCCAAUUUCGCUGUGCUUUAACAUGAAAAACACAGAUAUGGCGGCGGAAUGCGGGAGAACCGACCGGUGUGUGUAUGCAAUGAUCGACGGUAGAACGAUGCUGAAAAUGACUCCUUCCGUGUACGAGCCUAUCGAGUUGUUGGCCGAAGAAGUGCCUCUGCACUGUGCCAGCCUUCGUUCUAAGGAGUUUAAUAUCAAGCAUUUGUACGCAGCGUAUCAGAAAGUGUUGGCGGUGCGAGAACUGUGCAUGAGGCUGUGAUAUGGUCAUUUGCUUUCAGAAGAAGAACGACGUCGUCGCUCCGCAGCCUGAUGAUUACGACAACUCGAUUUGGCAUCAAUUGCUGCCGAGCAGCUUUUACACGUUCAAUAUGCCGGUUAGCUAUUGCAAACUUCUGAAACAGCGUAUAGUAUGUUUUCAGUGUCGAGGUGAGGCAUCAUCUGACAGUGCUGGAGGGCGUCGAAACCGCAGCGCAUCGCUUACCUCAAUGUCCAAAAGGUCGGGCAAAGAUAAGAGGUUCAGCGAUUCCGCUGGAGGCUAUCACAGAUACAACCAGAGAGGGUCAUCGACUUCUGAAAGUGCUGGUGAGAAUCAGUCUAGUACAGCUGACAAUAGUGCUGAUUCAGCAACGCCACUCCUGAACAUGCAGCCGCCAAUGUUUGCUCCGAUGUCAGCUCCGGCAGCACAUUUUUUCUACUUUCAAAAUCAGCAACAGCAGCAAGCGAUGGCAGCCGCUAUGUUGAAAGGUGCAUAAGAAGAGUUCAUACCGAAAUAACCAUCCGCCUUUCCAGGAGCGACGGGAUUCCCAAAUGGAGCGCCGGCACUAUUCCUGCAUCCUGCGCCCUACUUUGUUGAUCCCCUCGGUGCGCUAUACCAUACAAAUGUUGUCCCAAUGCCUUUCGUAGUUUCACACAGAUAUCAAAACUGAAAUUCUAAAUUCUUGUCGCCAAAUUGUCCUCGUGUAACAUUUUCAUCGUGUGUUAUGAACUUCAUGCAAAAUUUGCCAAAUUUCGGACAGUUUUAAGUCAUUCACCUUCCAUCUCGUCCCUCAUGUUUCGAUCUGUUCAAUCUCUGUUUCCCCGGUUGUGAUGAUAUGUUUCCACAAGUUAAAUAGCCGCAAUAAAACGUUCGCUUCCGAAUAUUAAAAUGCCACAACGAUUGUUUCUAUUUCAGCCACAUUUGUCCGUCCGGAGUACUUGGCCUCUCUUCCGCCAGAAGCAUUCUAUUCGAGUCCGCCGCUUCUUCCUCCGGGACUUCCGCUCACUGACGGUUUGUUCCUCCUUCCCUUUCCUUCUUCCAUUUCUCAAUUUUCAGUUGAUUUGCCGAUGGGAAGAGCCGAUUGUUCACUCCGACAAUAUCACAAUCAACGAAAGAGCACAAAAAUUUUAAGAGCGCAGCCGGUUCAUUUGACCCAUCAAACAGCAACUUCUGGAUCCCGCGCGCCACGUCUCUAUGAGCAAGUGAAAGAGGACGACGGAAGAAGUUCGACGAGGUCGGCCUCCAGAAGAACGUCCAUAAGUGGGGACGAUCCGAUCGUCGGAAGUUUCGAUGACAGUAAGUGAAAUAAAGGAGGGUUCAUGAAGAUCCGUUAAUUUCAGAGAGCUACGAACGACCAUUCCAACGGCAGUAUCAGAAGUUCUCGAAGGAAGAUCAGAUGCGGUGGAGAAGUGGAAGCCGUGGGGACAUCACGAGAAGAGGCGGCCUCCCCAUGCCGGACUACCGUGGAACGCACGAAUUCCACGUCGGAUCGGCCGGAUCUGCCGAGUAUCCAACGCCGGAACAGAUGCAGUUUCAAAUGACUCACCAUCUGAAACUGAAGAGUGCCGAUAUUGAUUUGGAGCACGAACGACUGUUCACUCAUGACACCUCGCAGGUCGAAGAGCCUAUGUACUCUCCCUCGCCUGUGAAUGAGCUGAUGGACGGGGACUUUGUGCAGCGGCUGUUCUCGUCCGCCAGCUUGAAUUCGCCGUUCGAAGCUGGAAGGAGAUCGAGAACAACAAGCUGCUCUGUGGACAGGUGAGCUCUCCGAUUGAUUUCCAUCAUAAUUCUGAGCUUGCAGAGACGAACAGACUGCCCGUUUCACCGAUUCUGAUUGCGGAUACAGUCUCGCCGAACAAAUGGGACCUCUUCACUCGCGUUCGUCCAUCGAGAACUUCAAGAAGCUUCCGAUGGUCGGAGUGACGAAGACAAUGCUGGAGCCACGCUGUCGAGCCGAUAGAGCCUAUGGAAAGAUAAGCCUGGAACACAGAGGGAAAUACAGUUUCAACGAGCAGCAAAUGGACGGCGAGAAGUUUCCGGAGAACGGCAGCUCGCUGCUCGGGACCAGACAAUUCCGAAUUGAUCCGAUGAAGUUGAUAGCCAGUGUGCACGAAUCGAGUGAGCAAUUGCCACGUAUUCACGAACGCCAGUUCAGCGAUGUGUUGAAUGAUAAAGAAAGAGAGGUGAGGAAGAUUGAUGGCAGUCGGAAAUUUCCAUGUAUUCUUCAGAUGGCUGCUGCGUCAUUGAAAGAUUUGAAUCUGGAAACGCCGUCGGUACAGGAGCCGUCAUUCGGUUAGUGCUCAAUCCAUCCGCCCGCUAAAUUCUUCUUUCAGAGGAGUCUUCAUCGAUGGACUACGCGUUCCGCAGUGAGCAGUCUUCCGAGAACCUCCAAUAA